UUAAUUAAUUCAUACUUUAUUCAAGGUUACUUUAAUAACAGCCUAAUUACACAUUUAGUUAAAAGACAAAUUUAUGUUUUCAGAACACAGGUUCAGUACGCAGCAUGUGGUUGAAGAGAAAAAAGCUACUCCUGUCCCUCAAUUUGAGGUACCAAACAGUACACAUGUGUACGAGGAUGAAAAAAUGGAUAUAGAUUUGGUUGUGGAUGAAUUAGAACCAAAUCAGGACCUGCCUACAACAAAUAUAAAAGAAAGCUGCAACAUCUCGUCUGAUAACAGUGAUGUUCCACUUCUGCAGAACAAUCUACACUCUCACCUACAGGAACUUAUGGUGGAUUUGCAGGCAUUCCUACAUGCAGUACUGGAUGAAGCUUUACAAAAUCUUUAUGGAGAUUUAAAGCAUCAUGCCAAUAAUAUUAGGCUCAGUUGGACACCGAUAAACUACAUUGUUGAAACAAGCAAGAGAUGGUCCAUGAUUUCAUCUCAUCCUAUCACACCCAGGAUACGUGACAUUUUCUCUAAAAUUAUUGCUUCAGUGAAAAAGUAUAGAAGUGCUAGAGAAGACUUUACUGUUGCUGAUGUAGUUAGUACUUUCUCACUCUGCGAAGAUUUAGCGAACUUAUUUGCCAAGAAAUACACAAAGUCUACAGACAUUUUCUUAACAAACCUUCAAAAUCAUAGAGAAGAAUGGGAGGCUGACUACAAAAGUAGCUUGUCGAUGUUGAGUGUGGACUCCAACUCUGUAGAGAACGAUCUUUCGAUCCAGCCAGUAGAUCUGGCUCUACAGAACAUCAAAAACUGCCUUCGUACAGACUAUGAAGAUUGGAAAGAACGAGUUGAGAGCGGAAAUGCCAGUGAUGUGGACUCCUUAACUCUUUUUUAUGAAAACAUCGCAAAUUUUGUGGUAACAUUGAAAAGAAUUCUUGGGACAGAAAAUCCCAAAACCUUUACCAUUACUAGUGAGAUAGUUAUUCGUCUACACAAGGCAGUGACAUGUUUCUCUGAUGCACAAGGAAAUAAAUUUGGAUUUGAUUGCACUGUAGAAAAUGUUCUGGAAUUGCUACAAGACAAUUCUUACAGAAAAAACUUGGAGCAAUCGUUAGAUAGCUUUAUAAAAUUAGAAAAACAAGUUGAUGGACUACUUGAUAUCAUUGAUGACCUAUAGUUUGUUUGCAAAGUCCUGGAAAUUAAUUUUUCAGGUUUAUGAUGUGAUCUUCUUUUCCAAUGAUUGUGCAUGAAUCUCCAACAGUGUACAUUUUAGUUUAGUAAAAGCAUUUUAGUUGUUAUAGUGAUAUGAAAAAUAUCUGUAAAUAGACUUGUAUAUUUGUACAGUGUUUAGUACCUAGUAAUUUAAUGUAAUAUUUUAGUAUUGGGAAAAUGUUUCUAUUUUGCUACCUCAGAGUGAACAUAACUGUUUUUUAAAUAGAAUUUUCUGCAUUGUAAAUAAAUAUUUUAAUGCGAGUUACAUUUUUAAUUUAAUAAAAAGUAUGUAAAUCUU